AUUGCUCACCUCCUUACUUCCUCCUCACCAUUUUGAGCAUUUGUAUCAAGGCAAGGCUUUGAGCGGAAUGACAGAAAGAAAGAAGGACAAAUCUAUCAAUUUGAAAAACACAUUAAUGAUUCAUAAAGAAAUGACUCAUUUGAAUGAUUCUAAUAAAUUACUAAACCAUCAAACUGACUGAUAACCAGUUGUGACUGUCAACAUAAUGACAAAUAAUAACUUUCUAAAUAAUAUUUUGGAUUUCUGUACAAAUUAAAUUCAUAUUUAUAGAAACAGAAUUAAAAACCAGAUUGUUCAAUUUAAUUUAUUUUGAAAUAGUUUAAUAAUACUUAUACUAAAAUGGAAGACGAUUAUAUAAGUGGAUUAUUCUUUGGAACAUAUAUGUUUCUAAAUUUUCUGCAUACAUGCAUUUUGACCUUUUAUAUCAUAAAGCUUCAGAAGAGCAAAUUGUUUGAACAAAAUACAAUCGUCCACAUAGAUGCUAAUCCGUACCAUGUUAGUGAUUUGAUAAAUAAAAUGCCAAGUACAGAAACAUUAGCACCAACGGUAGAAGAAUAUGAAGCCCCUUUGAACCACCAAGAGCCAAAAUAUGCUGAAGUUGAUCCAAAAAAGACCGAAAAAUAUGAUGCACUCAACUAUCUGCAACAAAAUACUAAGAACAAUUUAUCAUAUGACAAAUUAAAAAUUCUGUCCGAAGAAAAUCAAAUGAUUUAGUAGAAUUGUCCACAAAUCAUUGAUGAGAUGUUCAAAAAAUCCAUUUUAUAUUUAUUUUUAUU